AUGGCGUCCUUUUCUAGAUUUCAUAAAAUUGCUUUAUUAAGUUUAGGUGCGGUUAGUGGAGGCCUGGCAUACUAUCAUAUCGGUAAAUCUGAGAAAAACUUUGAUGUUAAAAACUCUUGGACUACAAAUUAUACACCAACAGUAAAGUGGGAAAAAAAUUGGGACCACCGUGAACCAGAGUCAAUAGUGAAACCUACAAAAGCAGGUAAACCUGAAGAUGAAAAUAGGUAUAAUGAACAAAUUGAAAAAGCCAAAGGUAAAGCAGUACGACAUUUGUUUCUUAUAAGACAUGGACAGUAUAACUUGGAUGGUGCUACUGAUAAGGAGAGAGUUUUGACAGAAUUGGGUAGACAGCAAGCAGACUUAACGGGCAAAAGACUUGCUAGCUUAGAUAUAAAAUGGGAUCUUCUUGUCAGAUCAACUAUGACAAGAGCUCAAGAAACUGCAUCAAUAAUAGCAAAACAUUUGCCUAAAGAUAUAGAAGUUAAAGAUUGUCAGUUAAUAGAGGAAGGAGCACCAAUACCACCAGAGCCACCUGUUGGCCAUUGGAGACCAGAACCUAAACAGUUCUUCCAGGACAGCGCGCGGAUUGAGGCUGCCUUCAGACGCUAUUUCUAUAGAGCACCUCCGGAACAGACUAAGGACACAUACACACUGUUGGUGUGUCACGCCAAUGUCAUAAGGUUCUUUGUGUGCAAAGCACUCCAAUUCCCACCCGAGGGCUGGCUCCGAAUAGCACUAAGUCACGGCUCGAUUACAUGGAUUUCGAUUUUACCAAGCGGGAACGUGGUCCUCCGGUCCCUAAGCGACACGGGACACAUGGAGCCCAAGUAUAUUACCAGCCGG